UCUGCUCGGGAUUGCAUCCGCGGCCGCCGGGCUGCUGCCGGGAGGCUGUCUCCCCUGCCUCUCUUUGGAAAUCCCCAUAGGGACCCUAUAUUGGGGCUGGGCUCGUCUCUUCCUGCCCCUUGCCCAGCCACGCUGCUUGCAUUGGGACCAGCCGAUUCAAUUCCCCGGUAGAGAAAGACGGGAUGGCAUUCAGAUGACCGCGGCAGACGCGUGUCUGCACUAAACAAGGGGCGUCAACGGAGCUUGCAGUGGGAGCUUUAGUUUCAAAAAGUUUUAAAAUGUUUCCCACCCGGGCAGUAAGGAGCCUCUCUUAUCAAUUGUGAAUAUAUAGCUUUGUUUUCUGGGGCUUCGCUUCCUUUUUUAUUUUUUGCAAGAACACCCCCGCGAGGCUUCUUGCUCCCCAUGGAUGCAAAAUGUUCCCAGCUUUUGCCUUCCGUUUGCACCAUCCUGGCCGAUCCCGGGCACCCCGUGGCGGAUGAUACUUGUCUGGAAAAACUUCUGGACUGGUUCAAGGCUCUGGCCAGCGCUGGGCCUAGUGUGCUGGUGUUAAAAGAGAACCCGUGUCUGAUCGAGUUGAUCCUGGCGGUGCUCAAACAAGGGGAACCGGAUCCCAUCCUUCUGUCUUUCAUCCUGAGGCUCACGGGAAUCUUUGCCGCUUCCGAAAGCAGCUUCCAGUAUUUGCAGCAGCAGGAGGUGGUGUUUGGAGCCUUCGGAGAGGCAGGUCCCCUGGGCAGCCCCCUCUGGGAAGACAUGACCAUUCGGAGCGGCUGGGUGCAAGGGGCCUACACCAUGCUGCGACAUUACAGCGCCUUCCAGUUCCUCUGCAACUCUGGAGCUCUAGAUAUGAUCUUCACUCUUCAAGAAGACCCCAGCCUCUUCAUCGCUGCAGCAGCCAACCGGCUUCUUGCCCGCCUGCUCAUUUUCUCUGUAGAGUCCGAGCCGUCUCGUCUUCUCAGCUCAAAGGACUGCGAUUGGCCGGCCUGUGCUCGGAUGAUGGUCGCCCGUGUUGAGGAGGCUCUCACGUCCCGCUCUUCGUCCCGGAUCAAGCAUUCCCUGAAGCUCUUAAUGACGCUAUUUGAACACAGCCAGGAUGCCUGGACCGAAAUCUUGUGGUCACGCCUAGCAGAAACGGUGGAAGCCCUCCUGAUGGAAGAUUCUGUCCAUGUAGGACCCUGGUUUGUUGAUUUGUUCCUUAGCAUGGCGAGGUCUCCUGCAUUUAGCUCUCAUGAAUGCAGCCUUUGGAAGCUGGUGGCCCUUGCCCUGAAGAAUAUCAGCCUGGCUCAUGUCGGCCCUCUAGCACAUGGACUUUUGAAGCUGGAGGCAUGCCCGCAGGCCCUCCAAGCCCAGAGCCUGGCUGUUUUGCUCCAGCCGAUGGAUGGCAUCUUGCGAGCCACUUCGCCUCACGCAGCCUCCCCAAAUGCUUCCUCUGCAGAGACUCGACUCUUCUCUACCGGUCUCCUGUGUCAGACGAUGGCUCACCUCAAGGAGAUCCAGGAGUUGUCCUGCUUCCCAGUAGAGUUUCCGCAUCAGCCUUUGAUAUGCUCCGUGGUGACCAUACUACAGUUUUGCGCUGGCCAGGCUGUGUCGUCCUCCUCCUUUGGAGCUACACUAGGCCACCUCUUGAUUGGCAGCUUUCGAGUCCAGAGGGCAGCGCUCAGCCUCCUGGGAGCCCUCUCACGAUGGGCUGCCUCUGUCCAGGACGAAGAAAGGCUGCAAGUGUUUGACGUCUUCCUGACGUACUUACGGAGUCCAGACAGCAGUCCUGUGAUUUUUAAGAAAGCCCUUCAAGGAACCCUAAAGUGGCUUCGGAGUGCCUUGCGACCUUCCGUCUCCCUUGCCGAUGUCCAGCAACGCCAAAAGUUUCUCAGAGAUACGCUGCGGGUGUUACGGAAACAUCUGUGCAGUCCAAGCUGGGAAGUACGCGAUUCCUCCCUGGAGUUUCUCAGCCUGGCGAUGAAGCAUUUGAGAGGACUCGACUGGUUUUGGCAAGAGCUGCUCUCCUCAGAGGUGCCCAGGCUUCUGGAAGAUCUCCUGGGUGAUCCCGAGAGCUAUGUGCGUGCCAGCGCCGUGAGGACUUGGGGCCGUUUCUCCCUCAUGGCCUACUCUGGCCCAGAAGUGCCUGUUUGCAAAAGCAAUGAAAACCCCAAAGAGCUCUGCGUCGGCGGCGUUCGCUUGCUGGAAAUCUUGUCUUCAGACGCCGAAGGUUUCCCUCGCCGAGCUGCCAUCGGCGUCUUCCUUGACUGGCUGAAGGAAGGACACCCCGAGGCCUCGGCAAGCCCCGCCGAGUUUGUUUCCCGAGCUCUUCAAGCCGUGGAUGGAGACCUAGAUUGGGAAGUCAAAAUGGCCGCUCUGGACCUGGUGGGAGUUUUCAUCGGCCAGACGUUCGGCCAGCUCGAGCAGAGCUCCACUUCAGCUGGUUCUUCGCUUGCCAAUCUUGCCGACGUGCUGCGGCUCUUUGGCCAAAUGAAAAUGUUGGGCUUCCUUUUCAGGGCCCUCCAAGACUGCGACAGGCCAGUGGCGGUCAAGGCCUGCGAGGUCCUUUUGGCUCUGAAAUCUUCCGUUUGCAAACACCGGUCGAAAUCAUCACCGUCAGGAGAUGCUUCCGGGCUAAAGAAAGUUCCCACGGAGAGCUCCUCCUCUCCUCUCUCCAGCCUUCCUGCCGGGGAGGCCGCUGAAAAGGACUGCCAGGAUCCCGAAAGGCUGCGCCAGAUCCUAGAAUUCACCAACCUGGAGGGUUUGCGAAGGGCUUUGGACGUGAGCAGCGAUCACUUGGAGAGGAGCCCGCAGUCCCUCCUGCAGGACCUCCUGGCUGCGGCAGGCGACGCGGAGGAGAACCGAGUAGAUUGCUAUUGAAAGGAGGGGCUGGAGAGCUCGCUGGCCGGCUUGGAAAAGGGCCCGCUUUCAGAACGGAGGGACUGCGAGCGCGUUUCUUUUUUCCAGGCACCUCCUGAAAGCGGGCCUGGCAGAGCGAAUUAAAACUGAAACUCGGGUACAGGGAGAAUAAGCACCAAAGAAGAGCGAACGAACAAAAGGCAAAACUCACGCGGAGUGAAUGCAAGGGGUAAAAAUAAAUAAAAUAAA